GCAGAACUGGUUUUAUUUCACACCGUGCAAAGGUCGCAUACAUACACCUCCCCCAGCCAGCCCUGAGCGGAGAUGUGUACACCUGUUCCACAACUCCCUGCUGAGAUCUAAGGAGCGCACAGGUACAGGGAAAUAAAUGGCGAAUUUCAAAGGUCACGCGCUGCCAGGCAGCUUCUUCCUGGUGUUCGGCCUGUGGUGGUCGAUAAAGUAUCCACUCACGUACCUCAAUGGCAGAAUCAAGGGAAAACGCAGCAGCAACAAGUGUCACAAGCGUCUGGAGCUCAUCGAAGGGGUGAUGAAGGUCGUAUUCACUAUUAUAGGGAUGCUGGCCGAGCAGUUUGUCCCAGACGGUCCUCACCUGCACCUUGUCAGUGGUGAUGAGCACGGCUGGGUGAAGUUAAUGAACUGGCAACACACCACAAUGUACUUCUUCUAUGGUCUGUCCGGAGUGGUGGACAUCCUGACAUACUUUCCAUUGAACUUUCCACGAGGGCUGGACCGUCUGUCCUUAGCUUUGGCAGUUUUCAUUGAAGGCCUCCUCUUCUACUUUCACGUACACAAUCGUCCACCUCUUGACCAGCACAUCCAUUCCCUGCUUCUCAUCGCCAUAUUUGGAGGUUCAAUAAGUAUUAUGAUUGAAGUGUUUUUGAGGGACAACAUUGUCUUGGAAAUGUUCCGCUCCAGCCUGGCAAUACUCCAGGGGACCUGGUUCUGGCAGAUUGGAUUUGUGCUAUACCCCCUUGGACAUGCCCCUGAGUGGGACCAGAGCGAUCAUGAGAAUAUAAUGUUCAUAACCAUGUGCUUCUGCUGGCACUACGCCGUGUCCCUGAUUAUUAUAUCUGUAAAUUAUGGGUUGGUGUACUGGUGUUUGAAAAGAAAUAAGGGUCUGGCUGGAGAUGUGACCAUCGGUAUUAGGAAAUUAAACUCCAAUAACCAGGGCGAGAUGCAGACUGCUCUGCUCGCAGCCUCCGAUGAGGAGUAAGUAUUAGAAAGGGAAUGAAUGAGGACAAAGGAUGAUGGCCGCCAUUUGGACCCUGAACUAAGCCUCUGCAAUACAUGGUGAAGCCUAGAAGAUGAUCUCUUCACUGUUCUUCAUGUCACUUGGGUAGUGCUCACCUCAUGGAGACCUCUACUCUGUACUCUGGAAGGAAGGAUUCAUUACACACGAGCUCUGGGUGUGGAUACUUCUAGAGUUGAACUCUGAACACUGAACCAGCACUGUCCUGACACGCUAUCUCCAUAUUACACCCCAGGGCAGAGUUCAUCGUGGAGUGACAUAACUUGUAGAUUGUAAUUUAUUGAACAGACUACGUAUGCUCUCCAUCUGUGUAGCUUCUACAUUCAGGGAAUGGAAAUGUGGUAAUUUCUGUGGAUAUUUUAUAACUUUUGAAGAUAAAAUAAAUUACACUGG